AAUCUAGUGGUCGGGGAGUCGCCAUUUUGAGGGAGUCCGAGAAGCUGCAGGGAUCGGAUACCGGCUCGACUCCAACUUGCGUGAUUCGUGUUUAUUUUAUAUCUUGUGAAGUGUUUCGCCAGCGAAGCCUUUGAUCGAAAUGGAAGUGUACAUGGAACCUACGCAAGUGCCGCAGGAUGCCUUGGCCGCAGCUGCACAGCUGGAAUUGGGAGCAUCCCCUAAUGCAUUGUCCCUCCGCCGGCCCUUCAAUCCUGUUGCUCACGAGUUGGAUGCCAACUUCCGACUCACGAGAUUCGCAGAUUUGAAAGGAUGAGGGUGCAAGGUCCCUCAGGAUGUGCUCAGCCGCCUCCUCGAGGGACUGGAAGAUGAUGGCACAGGUCAUGAGCAUGACCAUGCAGCACACUUCAUGCACUUACCCAUCACUCGCAUUGGUAUUGGAAUGGAUGCAAGUGUUACACCUUUGCGACAUGGAGGACUUUCACUUGUACAAACAACAGAUUUCUUUUAUCCUUUAGUUGAUGAUCCAUAUAUGAUGGGGAAAAUUGCAUGUGCUAAUGUUUUGAGUGACCUGUAUGCCAUGGGGGUGACCGAUUGCGACAACAUGCUGAUGCUUCUGGGUGUUUCAACCAAAAUGACUGAAAAGGAGAGAGAUGUUGUCGUCCCUCUAAUGAUGAGAGGAUUUAAAGAUGCAGCACAAGAAGCAAACACAUUCAUAACUGGAGGACAGACUGUGAUGAACCCUUGGUGUACAAUUGGUGGAGUAGCCACUACUGUUUGCCAGCCCAACGAAUUUAUUGUGCCCGAUUGUGCUGUAGUAGGUGAUGUCUUGGUGCUGACUAAACCUUUAGGAACACAAGUAGCUGUAAAUGCUCAUCAGUGGUUAGACCAACCAGAGAGAUGGAACAGAAUUAAGUUAGUUGUUUCCGAAGAGGAUGUGAGGAAGGCUUAUCAAAGAGCGAUGGAUUCAAUGGCCCGCCUCAACAGAACUGCUGCCCGAUUAAUGCACAAGUACAAUGCACAUGGUGCUACUGAUGUGACUGGCUUUGGAUUGCUUGGUCAUGCUCAGAACCUUGCAAGAAACCAGAAGAGCGAGGUUUCUUUUGUUAUUCAUAAUCUCCCAAUCAUCGCAAAAAUGGCAGCUGUUGCCAAGGCGUGCGGUAAUAUGUUCCAUUUGUUACAAGGAUUGAGUGCAGAAACAUCAGGUGGAUUGUUAAUUUGUUUGCCUCGAGAACAAGCUGCUGCUUACUGUAAGGAUAUUGAAAAGCAAGAAGGCUAUCAAGCAUGGAUUAUAGGCAUUGUAGAGAAGGGUAACAGAACUGCAAGAAUAAUUGAUAAACCUAGAGUCAUAGAAGUACCUGCUAAGGAGAAAGAUGGGGAACUUUGGUAGAAGAUGGAAGCAUCAGAAUGGUAGCACUUGACCGUUUAGUGAAAUGGUCCAGUUCUUAACUCCAUCAAAGAAGAAUGUGUUUGCAUCUGACAAUGCUUCUGUUAAAACUUCUUGUAAAACGAAUGAAGAGACACUCAUCACUACUGACUGUGAAAUAUAGUUAAUGUAGAUUAUAUGAUCACCAAUGAUUUUUUUCCAUUUUUAUAUAUAAUCUAAGUGUUACAAUUGUAAGUUUUAUGUUUUGUUCUUUUAAGACCUUGCCUUUCCAAUUUCAUACGAAUCAGUUAGUUCAUUUAAUCUCACACUGUUCACUUGCUUAGAGUAACACUUGUGCAGAGUUCUUCAUUUCAGUCAUUAUAUAUACUUUAUGUACUUAUAGGCAGAAUUUCUUUUUAUAUUAUGUUAAUUUUACCAUCACAUACUAUGCUCACUUUUUGUUCUCAUAGCAAAUGAUCGUAUUUUUACCUUGUAACAUUCCUUUAUGUAGUAUCAUGACUCAAGGUUGUGGUUGUAGGGGAAAUGAGAAAUGUUCCUUCUUUAGCAACAAUGAAAUUACUUUGCUUAAUCAUGCAACUGCCACACUGUCAAGCAAAACAUUUGUUGUUUUCUUCUUUUAAAGAAAUUGUGAUAACUUGAUCUUGUGGCAUUGUGAAUUUUCAAAGUAUGAGGAAAGAAAACUGGAGAUGCAGUAUGGAGGGCAUUAUGAAAGCCAGUUAAUAAAGUUCUAACGAAGGGUGGCUGGCUGGAAGUUGUUUUCCACAUUGCAGCUCCAGUAUUCUCUUGUCAGGGUCAUGGCAGAUUAUAAUAAAAGAAAAAUUUAA